AACCUUCCCGUCACUUUCUUGAGGUUUCAGUGGAGGUCUUCGGAGUGAGAGGAGUAAGCGUUAGUGGAUUGUGCAGUUUGGACCAAGAAUUGGAUCAGAGGUAGUCCCGGGGUUUUGAAUUUAAGGAGCGACGGUGGGUCGGGGGAGUGGUGUUAAAGUUCGAGGGUUCAAGUACAAUUUGAGGAAGCUGUAGAACCUAUUACUUCUAGAGGUUUAUGCAAAAUGUCCGGGAGCGCGACAAUGGGGACAUGCGCUUAGCUACAAGGAGUAACAUCAACCCAUCUGUCAGCCGACAUUUGCCUAUGACGUAAACCAUAUUUGUUGUUUCAUUUGUGUCCUUGAGAGGGUUCGUAGAGCUGUACUCGUGCUUUAUCAUUUCCACCAUCGGAUGAGUUGAUAUUCCUCUACGUGCAUGGGCAGCUUGCGGGUAGUGCCAUUUUCGAAGCGGAGACGGAGGGUGGUUAUCAACGUAGAGUACCUGCAGGCCAGUUCGGGGAGUUUCUGCCCUGUUCUUCAGGGAAAAUUAGAGAGCUUGGCUGUCGCGAACUUGCCAGCUCGUCUUUAGAACGGUGGCCCAUCUCGACGCCUAUUUUAAACCUUUGUAGUUAGUAGUUCAUUCUUCUGCGUCAUCGGAAGCUCGUGGCGUGGAGAUGGAGGGAUUUUUAGUGCCGAUGCCGCAAUGCCCUGCGGACAAGCCGUGCUUGAGAUGGGUACAGGUGUACCUGCUCGAUUGUGUGUGUAGCACCCGGGACCGAUUCUCUCUGGCGCAGGGCUUGAUGAGCGUGAUAAGCUGGGGCAUCGCUGAGGUGCCGCAAAUUCUCACGAACUUCCGGGAGAAGUCCACCGAGGGCCUUUCGUUGCUCUUUCUCAUGACGUGGGUUGUGGGGGACGUGUUUAACCUGAUGGGGUGCUACUUGGAGCCAGCUACGCUACCAACCCAAUUUUACAUGGCAAUCCUGUACACAAUGACGACAACCAUUUUGGUACUUCAAACGGUCUACUACGAUCAUCUCAGGGUACGGUGGAGUGGCGAUCGGGUGGCAGUUAAGGACAUGUUUCCGGAGAUUCAAAAAACAGACAUGGAAGCACAGAAACAGAUUCCCAUUCCAGAGGCUGCAGAUGAUGCCAACGAAACUGGAGGUGGUAUUCCAACAUCAAGUCAGCCUACUUCCAUCAGGGUGCCCCACCACGUCCACCAUCCUCAUGGAAACUCUGCAGGAAGCCGUGACCACUUGUACUACCAGUCUGCAAGAUCUCUCGCCAGUAGCUACGCCCAACCCGUCGGCUCGUACAGCGUAUCGGGGGCGCGAGGCUCAGCUGGCGGUGGUCACCACAGCUACCUGCUAUCCCGGGAAGACUCAGAGUUGCCAGUUGUUGGAUCUCGUCCCCGUCGCCCAUCCUCCGCGUCGAUACAAUCGAUAACAACUAGUGUGUUGAUGGUUGGAUCGCUGGGCUUGAGCAUGUAUACAAGCCCUAUCCGCACCGGCGGCAACACUCUGGGCACCACUCAUAUUGGUCGCUCCCACACCCUUGCCCACCUAUUUGCACAACAGGAGGCUUCUCCUCUCGGUGAAGUUUUUGGUUGGAUUAUGGCAGGGAUCUACAUGGGCGGACGACUUCCUCAAAUCUGGCUCAACAUGAAGAGGGGCUCAAUGGAGGGCUUAAACCCGUUGAUGUUUGUAUUCGCUCUCCUAGGCAAUGCAACCUACGUCGGAAGUAUUUUGGUGAGGAGCUUGGAUUGGGCGCAGCUGAAGCCAAAUCUGGCUUGGCUGGUGGACGCUGGAGUCUGCGUCGUCCUCGACAUCUUUAUUCUGUGCCAGUUCGCGUAUUAUUACUUGAAAUUGAAGGAAUUAGACGAAGAAUCAUCAAUUGAAGAGGCAGGGCCAUACAAGCCUCUCGAUUAACCCAAUUGGGAAUUUGUAGUGAUGUAGAGCUUCUUAUGAGACAAUAUAACUUGAGGUGAUGAAGAUCUCGAUCUUUCCCACCCACAGAUAUUAUCACCUUACCGUAUGUCUUCUUUUGAUCUGAUCAUACAAUGGUCGGAGCGCAACUUUACUCUGAAAUGCAGUAUUCGAGGUUUGAAAGAAACUGAAUCACAAUUGUAAUUGGAAGUUGAUUCUUUUAUGGGCUCUCAAAACGAUUUUUACUGUAAGAUGGCGUCGGCAGAAAAUUUCAAGUGUUGAAAUUUUGAAACUUAAAAAUAGCCCUUUUAUAACAUUCGUGUAGAAAUGUUGACUGGGGUACUGAUUUUGUAAAUAAUGAAAGUAGAAGAUAUCUAUGGAAUACAGAGGUUUGUGGCACCUAUUGCAUUCUCAUUCA